GUGAACAGAUGCCACUUUGGCAUUUGGUCUGGGAGCUGUGGGGUUAAGGAACACUGGCCUUGGAGGCCCCGCCUUCGGAGCGCGCCACCAGGUAUGGGGGAGGCCUCCCCGGAGGCUCCCACCUUUUCCCCUGCUAAUUACCCCUCACAGCAAUAGGAACCACGACUUAUGUAAAAGAUAUGGUGAGACCCCAGCGGUAGAGAUCCUGAGGCACCUUUCUUGGAUGUCUAGCGUCCAGUUCUUCCCCCGGGAAUGCUCUUGGUACAAUCCGGGGAUUCCCCAGCACAACUUGCCCUCCGAAGUCGCGGAGUCCUCCCUUGGUCGAGGCUCCGCCCCUGCCCCGGCCGGGCCUUUGGGGAGAGCAGAUGAACCCCUGGAGGGAGGGAGAGAGUGGCCAUGGCCAGGCCAGCUGCUCCCGGUACCCCUGUUGCCGGCUGGAAAGUCCACAUUGUGCGGCAGCUGCGGCAGCGGGAUCGCACGCAAAAGGCACUCUUCCUGGAUCUGGUGCCAGCCUAUAACCAUCUCCUAGAGAAGGCCGAGCUGCUGGACAAGUUCUCAGAGAAGCUGCAGCUGGAGCCAAAUGAUGUUACUCCCACCACUCACCAGGGCCCCUGGGAGGAGGAGUCAGUGCCUGACUUAGACCAAGUCCCAGCACUGGCCACUCUGAGGGUGAAGUGGCAGGAGAAGGAGGAGGGGCUCCGGCUGGUUUGUGGUGAGAUGGCCUACCAGGUGGUGGAGAAGAGCGCAGCCCUGGGCACUCUGGAGUUGCAGUUGCAGGAGCGGCAAAACAGGCUGGCGGCGCUGGAGGCCCGCGUGGCGCAGCUGCGAGAGGAGAGGGUGCUGCAAGCCCAGCAGGUGGAGGAGCAGCAGGCGCGGAACGCCGUACAGCGGGCAGCCUACGAGGAGCUGCGCGCGCUCGCCGGACUCCGGGAGGCGGCACUGCGCCAGCUCCAGGAGGAGGCGCGCGACCUGCUGGAGCGGCUCUUGCAGCGCAAGGCGCGCGCCGCCGCGGAGCGCAACCUGUGCAACGAGCGCCGGGAGCGGGCCAAGCAGGCACAGGUGUCCCAGGAGCUGAAGAAAGCUGCCAAGCGGACUGUGAGCAUCAGCGAGAGGCCAAACACCCCAGGCGGUGGGAUCAGGGAGGAGGCCGUGGCCGUGGCUGCUGAGCCAGAGCCCCUGGACAGUGAAGCUUGUGAGAAGUGGAAGAGGCCCUUCAGGUCUGCCUCAGCCACCUCCCUGACGCUGUCCCACUGUGUGGAUGUGGUGAAGGGACUUCUGGAUUUCAAGAAGAGGAGAGGUCAUUCAAUUGGGGGAGCCCCUGAGCAUCGAUACCAGAGCAUUCCUGUGUGCGUGGCUGCCCGACUUCCUACUCGGGCUCAGGAUGUACUGGAUGCCCACCUCUCUGAGGUUAAUGCUGUUUGUUUUGGCCCCAGUGGCAGCCUCCUGGCCACUGGAGGGGCUGACUGCCUUAUCCAUCUCUGGAAUGUUGUAGGAGGUCGCCUGAAGGCCAACCAGACCCUUGAAGGAGCUGGUGGCAGCAUCACCAGUGUGGACUUCGAUCCCUCGGGCUCCCAGGUUUUAGCAGCUACUUAUAAUCGGGCUGCCCAUCUCUGGAAGGUGGGGGAGAUACAGUCCAAGGAGACACUGUCUGGGCACAAGGACAAGGUGACAGCUGCCAAAUUCAAGCUAACAAGGCACCACGCAGUGACUGGGAGCCGAGACCGGACUGUGAAGGAGUGGGACCUCGGUCGCGCCUACUGUGAGGCCCUGCCCCUACCAUCCCUCCCCACCAUCCUGGAACCCCCUGCCAGGGCUCCAGGACUAUCAACGUCCUUUCCUACUGUAAUGACGUGGUAUGUGGGGACCACAUCAUCAUUAGUGGCCACAAUGACCAGAAGAUCCGGUUCUGGGAUAGCAGGUGACAGGCUCAGGGGCCCUCACUGCAUCCAGGUCAUCCCUGUUCAGGGCCGGGUUACCUCCCUGAGCCUCAGCCAUGACCAGCUACAUCUGCUCAGCUGUUCCCGAGAUGACACACUCAAAGUCAUCGACCUGCGGGUCAGCAAUAUCCGUCAGGUAUUCAGGGCUGAUGGCUUCAGGUGUGGCUCUGACUGGACCAAAGCUGUGUUCAGCCCGGACAGAAGCUAUGCACUGGCAGGUUCUUGGGAUGGAGCUCUUUACAUCUGGGAUGUAGAUACUGGGAAGCUGGAGAGCAGCCUUUGGGGACCCCACUGUGCUGCUAUCAACGCUGUGGCCUGGUGCUGUUCCGGGAGCUGUGUGGUGAGCGUGGACCAGGGCAGAAAGGUUGUACUUUGGCACUAGGGCCACAAUUCACCCUGCCUAAGCUGGAGCUCUGGUCCAGAAGCCCGAAGAACUGCUUCCCUUGGCACCAUGGAGCUCCAGAGCAGCAGGGGGUGGCCUCAGGAUUUAAUGGGGAAAAAGGCCUGGCAGGACCUGGCCUGUUGGUUGUAAACAAAGUAUAGAUUGGGCAGAGUAUAGUACUUUGUUUAUUUUUUGUUUCCUCACUCUCCCCAAAGUAGAAAAAUUGUAUCAGAACUGUGUCUGUUUGGUUCUUUGCAGCAUUCAGGGUAUAGAGAGAUCUUUGAGCUGGUGGGUUUGGGGAAUCCAGGCCUAGCCCCACUCAUCCUCCCACACACAACUGGGCAGAGCCAGCCUGCCUGUGCCUGGGGAGACAGGUGCUGCUCAAGGCUAACCAUGGAAACAGCAUGAAAAAGGGCCUGGAGGCAGCAAGGAAACGUAGGAUGUG